CACUCCGUACAUUUCUCGUACAUUUCUCCGAGGUAAACUUCAACAUGCCACCUUCAAUGCUACGGCCAGCUAUACUACGUAUGCAAUGACUCCCAAACACUCAGAAGACGUUCUCGUAAGUCUUCUGAGGUCUACAUACCGCAAUGCACGACAUGGUUCUCCUACUCGAAUAUCUACUCGAAUAUCGACAUCUCCGACCUCACGACAGCUAAGCUCCCUGGUGACUCCGAGUAGUCUUCUUCACUCGUCAAUUCGAAAGCAGGUUGCUUGCUCUCGAUCUGGGAAGCCCCCUCGGGUUCAUUGGGUUCAAAGCCAGACAUUUGCAACCGCCAAAACGCGCAAUGGCAAGACACGGGAAAUCGCCGUUCUUGGUGGCGGCAUCACUGGGUUGACUACGGCACACUACUUAGCCCGUCAUGCCAAGAACGCGCAUAUCACGCUAUACGAUGCGUCUCCUAAACUCGGUGGAUGGAUAUCUGGGAACUUGGUAUCGACACACGACAAGUCUGAUAAAGUCUUGUUCCAGUCUGGUCCGCGCGUGCUUCGGAUUGGAGGUUUAAAUCCCGAGAUCCUCGUCUUCUACGAUGUAUUGCUAAACUUGGGCAUCGAGAAGAAAGUUCUAGGUCGUAAAGGCCCUCCCCCUGCUCGUUAUAUAUAUUACCCAGACCACCUAGUCAAGGUACCGACAACUGCUAUCACUCUGGAGAACGUUUACCAUGCUGUCGAAUCCUUUCUUACUGAACCCCUCUAUGACGGGGGCUUUGGGGCCUUGAAAUCCAUUUUUAAAGCUUACCUGUCACGGAAGAAAUCGCCUGGUUCUUUGCGUGAUUCUUCGACAUUUGAAGAUGAAUCCGUGGGCGAGUUUUUAGGUAGGCUUUUCGGAGACGAUCGGCCAGUUAAGAAUAUAGUAUCAGGCAUGAUGCAUGGCAUAUACGGCGGCGACGUAUACAAAUUGAGUGCGAGGCAGACGAUAUUCAAAUCUCUCUGGCGUUCGCACAAAUUUCAGAGUGAGCCUGGCACUGUCUUGGUGGAAGCCAAGGAUCCGAUUCUUAUUCGUAGCCUCAUGAGCAGUCCUAAUCGUUAUAAGAUCCGGGAGUUGUUUGAGAAGGCUGGUGUGGCCACUAUUGCGUUUGAAGAUGGCCUCCUCACCCUCUCGAACAGUUUAAUUCAAGAUUUAAAGAAUCAGAAAAAUGUAACGAUCAAAGCUAGUAGUCAAGUUACUUCUUUGAAAUAUGAAAGUGGCCAAGUGUCGGUAGCUUCAACGAUUACGGCGAACAAAGAAAAGCGGCAACAAACGAGGCAAUACGACCAAGUAAUCAGCACCCUUUUCUCCAAGCAUCUCGCCGAACUGGUUCAACCUAAACAUAGUCUCCCCUCCCUGGAAGAUACUCACGCCGUAACUAUCAUGGUUGUUAAUCUUUGGUUCCCAAAUCCAGACCUGCUCGGAGACAAUCGCGGCUUCGGUUACCUUGUACCAACCACGACACCCGACAACGACGAGUGCGUACUAGGCGUGCUUUUCGAUUCGGAAAUCGAGAUGCGCAAUAAUAGUCCGGGUACAAAGCUCACCGUAAUGCUGGGCGGCCACUAUUGGGACGGCUGGACCCAUUACCCAACCGAAGAGAUGGGGCGCGCGAUGGCUCUGCAAGCCGUCCAGCGCCAUCUCAACAUCCCCGUGGAUGAAGAGCCCGUCUCGUACGUGCGCCUAUGCCGCGAAUGUCUGCCACAACACUACGUAGGGCACCACGAGCGCAUGAAAGCCGCGCACUACGACCUCCUCGACGUCUUUAAGGGCCACCUCACCGUGGCCGGCCCCAGCUACACGAGCAUCGGGGUGAUGCCAGCCAUGCGCGCCGGUUUCGAAGCCGCCAUGCGCGUCGCCCGCGGCCGCGGCCCCCCUUGGUUCGAGCUUGAGGACGACGAGCCCAUCGACAUUGGCACUUUGAUUCACUCCAUGGAGCCCGCGCUCGCCAACAAUGUGCCGGACCACGUCGGCGCUACGGGGCUCGAGGCUUUCUCCAAGCCGUAUUUAAAUACUCUGCUCCGCGCUCAGGUAAAAAGACCUUGAGACGGAUAGGUGGAUGGAUAUGUGAAUAUUACCUAACCUAUGCAUGACUUGGGUACCUACCUAGCUUUAGAAAAGGGGGACCGGGGACAGGGGACCGGUAGUGUGUUGUACGUGGAGAUGUAAUUAAUGGUGCAUUGGGAGAUUAGGAUAUUAUAUACGCCUACGGGGGUUAUGAUACUAUGUGAAUACCAGCAGUAGUACUUACUACCCAUACCAUAGCGAAUGACACAACAACUCGGUUAAGCGACGAGUUUGGCCUACAUACCACCUAAAAUACUUCUUUCCCAUCUAUAUUGGUUUUGAACAAUUUCCGAUUUACAUCCCAUAGCUCAAGUUAGAUCAAUCAAUCAAUCAC